UAUAGAUUUGGAAUAUUUUGUCCUGCCCUUAAAAAGAUUUGCAUUAUGAAUACUAUAUAUAACAUAGCAUUUAUAUACAGAAUGCAUUAUUGAUUUUGUGCUGACACUACAUUCACAAUGGCACUGAUUGGAACUGCUGCACUUCUUUUUGUUCUUGGUUUGAUGAUCAGUCCAGUCUACACACAGGAUCUCAGUACGCAGUGUGGGGACAAUUAUACAAAUGUCAUCUCUUCUACCAAUUUCGGUUUGACUGUUUCAUCUCAAAAUCUUACUGCCAACACUAACUACACAGGUGAGAUACAGUUAAUCUCCUUUACAAGUCUUUAAAUGUUUUCUAUAUACUGUAUCUGUAUUAAUGAAUUAUGAGAAUAUGAAAGAAAUAUUAAGUAGGUACAUUUAAUUCAGUGAUGUCACUUGCUGUGUGUUUUAAGAUGUAUGAAUCCAGAAUUGAACCCAGAAGUUGUAGAAUGUGAUCAUUUAUACUUACAAGUUUAAACGUAUACAAGGUAAAGAUAAUAAUUUUAAGUACUUGUGAUACGUACUUGUGAUAAGUAACAGAGCAUCUUUGUUUGCUUUUUUGGGUUUUUUUAAUCGCUGAGAAUUUUAGGCUUUUGUGAAAUAAUGCUAAAUUGCAUUAAAAAGUAAAUAAAUGAGUAUGUGGUUUAAAAAAGUAGGUGAUGAAGAAAUGUAAAAUGGGAUCAUUGAAAGUAAAGGUGGUAGAAACAUUUCAACCAUAUUGCAUUACGAUUGUGUAGGUACAUGAGAUAAACGUAUCCACAGGCAUACACUGCCUUCCAUCCCAGUGGAACCUGCUUGUAAUCUACAAUGCAACAGCCUUUAUUUAAAGUAUUGUACACAAAUUCCCUGGACCUUCUACUAAAAAUAGUAUGUCUGCCAGGAGGUUUUCAUUUUUUUUUUUUUAUUAAAAAUUAUAUGGGUAGAAUAUGGGACAAGUACAAAUUCCCUUCUCUGUUUAAUGGAAGGUUAGAUAAUAAUAUUAAUUCAUAUUAAUAAUACAAUUUACCCAAAUAUUACAUUUUAAUGGUUGACCUGCUCAAUUAUCCUUGAUUUUAGCCAGGCCAGUUUGCUUUAAAUUCUAUGGCUAAAGGUUUCUUCCAGUACCACAUAAUGCACCCACCUUCCAUGAGGGAAAAGAAAAGCCUUAAUACCUUAAUGCCUUAAUCUUGAUUGCUUAAUCUUUGGGCAGUCCCUAUGCAGUCCUGAAUCUGUACUUUACUGCCCACUUAAUUGUGCAAAUUUCAUUGCUCCUUGUUUCCAGAACUCAUGAAUAUAAAUCAUAAAACAGAUGUUCCUAAAAAAUGCAUUUCACUCUUACAAAUUCCAUUAAAAAAAAGUCGCUAAUAGCCUAGCCUUCUAGCCCUACACAAUUCUGUAAAGCUCACUUCAACUUUUUGGGCUUGUAGCUGAUAUGUUUCAGAUGAUUUAUUGUUUUUUAGAUAAACCUUUUAAAUAUUAUAACUUUAAAAUCACAUAUAUAAAAAAUCAAUCUAUCAAAAAUAUCAAAAUAUUAUUACAAUAUUAGUAUAGUUUUCAGAAUAUUAAAUCAUUUAAAAAGUUUAUCCAAAACUUUUUCAUAAUUUAAAAAUCUUCUCAAAAAAAAUGAAGUUCCAAACCAACUAAUCUGGGACUCAAAUCAAGGUUGCAAAUUAGUAGAAUGGUAAAAUGUGCCAUACAUGUACCAGCCCAUUAUGACUUGCUAAAGUACCUGUCCUUACCAUAGCGUUCAGAACUGGAGCUGUUACUUCAGGCUUGGACACUACGAGGAUGGAAAUAAUUGGAAAUGGGUCGUUUUUUUUUUUUAAUUAUAUGUAAUUUUGUCUGUUUACUACUUAAAUAUGUGAUUGUUUAUCUUAAUAGAUUGCAGCCCUCUUUCCAUUCCUAUGGCACACCCUUCCGCUCUUUGUUAGACAUUCACCCAAACUACACCCCUUCAAUCAUUGAAAACUUACUUCUUCAGGAUAGCAUUUCAAUUAAAAUGUCAACAAUUUUCCCUCCACGCACCCUGAUUCCUCUCCUGCAACUGUCAUCAAAACAAAACACUAAGCCCUCAGUGAAUACUAUCCCAGCCACCUACUUUUCUACCCUACAUUUACUUUUGUGUCACUUUACCAAACUCCCUCUAGUAUGUAAACUCAUUGAGCAGGGCUCUCAAUCCCUCUGCUCCUGUGUGUCCAACUAAUAUAGAAACACAGAAACAUAGAAUGUGAUGGCAGAUAAGAACCAUUCGGCCCAUCUAGUCUGCCCAAUUUUCUAAAUACUUUCAUUAGUCCCUGGCUUUAUCUUAUAGUUAGGAUAGCCUUAUGCCUAUCCCACGCAUGCUUAAACUCCCCUGUCUCGUCUUUCCUCCAAGCUACACAUGUUAAGUUCCUUUAACCUUUCCUUGUGAGUUUUAUCCUGCAAUCCAUGAACCAGUUUAGUAGCCCUUCUCUGAACGGUCUCUAAAGUAUCAAUAUUCUUCUGAAGAUACGGUCUCCAGUACUGUGUACAAUACUCCAAGUGAGGUCUCACCAGUGUUCUGUACAAUGGCAUUAGCACUUCCCUCUUUCUACUGCUAAUACCUCUACCUAUACAACCAAGCAUUCUGCUAGCAUUUCCUGCUUCUCUAUUACAUUGUCUGCCUACCUUUAAGUCAUCAGAAAUAAUCACCCCUAAAUCCCUUUCUGGUUACAAAUACAUGUCUGUUGGUUCACCCAUUGUGCAGCACUGCAGAAUUUGUUGAUGCUUUAUAAAUAAUAAAAAUAUAAAUAAUAAAUGAUAGUUUCCUCCUAAAUUAUGUUUGUAGUCAAUAAGCACUAGUGUGAUGUCACUUUCGUCCUAACUAUUCCAAUACACAUUUAUUUUAAAAUAUUGCAUGAGCUACCAUAAUAAAGUGCUCCAUUAUAUAACUCACUGUAACUAUAGUGAUACAUUUACUCUUUGUUACCUUUAAAUGCUUUAACUUAUUUUAUUUGUUAAUAAUUCGUUUUUACCCAGUUUUUCAGUGAAUGUACAGUGAACAGGAUUCUAUAACACUCACAGGGCACAAUCCAAAAACUCCCCACUGGGGACUUUCCAAUAUGCACAUUCUACCACAUAUUCUCUUGGAAUUGCUUUUAAUGUAACCAACUAAACUCCUGCUAAUUGGAUAUCUCCAGUGUCUGUAAAUUCAGGCUCUUUAUAGCUUUUUAAAAUCUAACAUGAAAUUAUGUUGUUGAUUUUUUUUCUUGUUCUAAUUUAUUUGUUUAUUUGCCUCUAUUUACAGUGACAGUGAAUGGACUCAAUGAUACAAAAACAGUUAUCCUAAGGGCACAGUCAAAUAAUUCUCCAGUGGGUACUUGGCAAAAUGCAACCGGUGUUACUAACUGUAGUCUUGGAAUUGCUUUCAAUGCAAACAGCACAACAAACACUACAAACUGGACAUCUCCGGGCUCUGUAAAUUCUUCAGUUACACUAAGGUAAAAUCAUAUUCUUAUUACAUCUGCCUUGGUUUUCAUACAGAACAUAUUAAGGUGUCAUGGUUCAUUAAUGUAAAUGUCCAAUAUAUAAAAAAUAGACACAUGUGCAAGCUAGUAAAGAAAUCCAUACUUGAUGACACAUUGUAUGAAAUGUGAUCCACCAUGCUUGCUCGGCAAUUGCAAUUAAAAUGUAUGUAUAAAAUUAUAUUUAUACAACAACAGUUCUCAGAGAGUAGAAACUGGUCUGCUUGAUGCAAACACAGAGGGGUGAGGGAGUCUGACUUAGGGUAAAUAGCUCAAAACUGAACAAAGACAGGAAUACACCCAAAACCUGUCUGGAAAUAUAGAAAACAGGGAUACCUUCAAAGGUGAUGUGUUCAGGAGCAAAUUCACUUAGUAUAUGACUUCGUUGGUGUGAUAGGAUAAAAUAUUUAAAAUGCUGGAUGGUAACUAUGCCAGAAUGUAUGGUGUGUAUACCUUUAAAUCUGCUAUAGGCAGAAUCUGUUUGGUACACACCGAAUGAUCUGCUUAAUACAAAGUUAUUGCUGAAUACAAAAUAACCAUAUAAAACCUGGUUACCUGUUAUGCGUAAAAUUCACACACUGUUUAAAAUAGUGUGUAUAUUGCUUUAAGUAGUCCGUGCAAAGAACAGUAUUAUAUUUUAAUAAGGAGACAUAAAAAACUCCAUAUUAACUGUAUUAGUUAUAAUCACCUGAGAAUUAGGCAAAAAACUACAAGUGAAAGUAAAAAACCACUAUUAACAGAAUGUAUUUAAAAAAUAAUAUAGAAAUUUAUUCAUCAUAUAAAAAACAUAAAAGAAUAGUCCAAAUUUGGAAUAAAAAUAUAAAUACAAAAAAUGGGAGCCAGGAACGAUUAGCAAGUCUUUAGCCACUGCAGAUCUCGCACAAAAAGCUUCAUCCACACUGUAACUGUUAAGGAUUACAGUGGAUACUAUUGUAUCAAAAUGAAGAGAAAUUACUUGCCGGCUGCUGGGGAGGUUGGCGUGCGUGCCAAACCUCACUCUGGUUCUCGGAUGCUCGGCAGUCCGUCUGUCCCCAGGUCUUAGAUGCCGUAUGGGGGAAGGAAAGAGAUGCUGCUGCUGGCGUCUGGCUGCUCCGUCGUAUCCUGCUCACUAACACUGCUGGUCUAACGCGUUUCGUGGGUGUCAGCCCCACUUCUUCAGAGACAUGCUGCAGCUGGAUUUGGAUGUCUGUCUUAUAUACAGAGCUGAUGGGCUGCGUGUAUUAUUGGUUAACUAAACAUGUAAAUCUCAUUAUAUAUACAUAGAGUGGUUAUAAAAACAAAUUGUAAAUUAGGAACAAAUUGUAAAUUGAAAAUACAAUAAAAUAAUAUAAUAGAGUGGAAUACAGUGGUUUGAUACUUAUUAGAAUGAUACAUACACAAAUACAGUAUUGUAUGUGCAAAUCAGAAUUACUAUAUCAUAAUUAAUUAGAAGUUAGUAAGCUUAUUGGCAGUUAUAGAAUUGAUUAUAGUAAAAAGUAAUAGGAAAAAAAAAAAAAAAAUAUAUAUAUAAAUAAAUCCAAAAUGAAAUGGAUAUGUGCUUAGAAAACGAUCUGUGGGAAAAUGGAUAUAUUAUAAAAAGGUCAUGGAGAAUUUGAAGUAGAGGCUGUGCCCCAAGUUACAUUACAAACCCAAAUGGUAUCAUAAGUGAUUAAUAAAAUGUUUGAGGAUCAUAAAAGCAUUAGAAUAGAAACUGUGCACAAAGUCAUUUUAUAAUUGUAAAUGAUAUCGGUAGUGAUUAGCGCAUACUAAGAAGAAUAGAUUCAAAUAGAAGCUAUACCUGAACUUAUAUUGCCAAUGCAAGUAGUGUCAGUAUCCCAGUGAAAUAACCAGAUUAGGAUUUUACAGUUUCAUUAUCAUAAUGAAAUAUCUGAUUAAAAUUAUAGAGAGAAUAUGUGAAAAAAGAGAAAAAUGUGAAUGCAGUAAUAUUAUACUACAUAUAUAGUGUCUCUACUGAGGUAGAUAAUGGUUGGAUAAAAUAUCCUAAAAUGUGAAUUGCGACUAUAUACUGAGUAGAAGAACUAGUGCAAGGAAUUAAAAAGUGAUGGAUAAUAUUACUCAAUAUAAAGUGCGCAGUGUGAAAAUGUGCUUGUGUAUGUAUAAAAAACUGGGUUAUGAAAAAAAAAAAAAAAGGUAAACUUUAUAAGAAUGCAUUGAGUUCAAAAUCCAAAUUAAGACCCUUAGGGGCCAAAGUCUCUAGGUGGAAUAUCCACCUAGCUUCUGUUUGGUCCAGAUUCUUAUCUAUAUUGCCCCCUCUCCAAUUGACAUCUACCUUUUCAAUCGGUAGGAAUCUUAGUCCUGUGGGGUCUCCUCCGUGAAAGUCUUGGAAAUGUCUUGACAAAUUGUGGGUUUGGAGACCCUUUCUAAUGUUCCUUAUGUGUUCCGCCAUCCUCGUCUUCAAUGCCCUUUUUGUACGUCCCACAUACUGUUUAGAACAUGGACAUGUGAUGAGAUAGAUAACUCCUUUUGAAUCACAAUUCAUGUUGGUCUUAAUAUCAUAUUCCUUCAUGCCAUCCAUAGAUGUGAAUUUAGUCAUUUCAAAAUCCAGAGAAGGAUUAUUAGUACACGCAACACAUUUUUUACACCGCUUGAAACUUUUUGUGGCCAUCGUGUCUUGUUGGAUCUUGCAUUGCUUGAGAGUUGGAGCCAAAAGUAAUUGUAGAUUGGGUGCUUUGGUAAAGAUGAUACGUGGUUGGUUCUCCAGAAUACCUAUCAAGGAAGGGUCACUCAUGAGGAUAUUCCAAUGUUUCUUUAAGAUUUUCUCUAUAGUGCGGGACUGGUGGUUAUAUUGGGUUAUAAAAGCUGGUAUGGGUUGAUUCAUCUCAAUAGUUUCAACUUUAUUUUUAAGGGUAUCUUAAAAGAGAGUAACAGCAGGUACAAUAAAUAAAUCAGAAAACUAUAUGCAGUAUAUUCCAGAAAUAUAAUGAUUAUACAAAAUGGCUCUAAAUAGUAGGAAUAUAACUUUAAAAGAAUUUUAGGAGCAAAACCAAGUCAUUUAUAGUUAUAUUUAUACAUUUUUUAUAUUUAUAAAAUAUUUUUCCAGGAAAGAUGCUUUGAGAUUUCUCUCAUUUUCAAGUAUGUCCUGGGUCCACAAAGCAUUGCAUUGAUACAUUAUGGUACAAUAAAAUUCAAAAACAAUAUUAAUACACAAUAAAUAAAAAAAUUAACAUAGAACAGGCAGGAAAUAUAUAAUCAACCAUGACACAUGCAUUCUUUUUUGAGGUAUGUAUAGAGGGAUCUCUUAAAGGACUUUAGGCUUGGGUAACAUUUUAAAGUGUGCCAGAGGUCGUUCCAUAGUUGCGGUGCUCUGUAGGAGAAGGAGGAUCGGGCUGCUUUCUUUUUGUAUUGAGGUUGACUAAAUAAAGUGCUGGUACUGGAUCGGAGGUUAUAGGAGGUGGGAACAGUCGAGGAGAGCAUUUUGCUCAGGUAGGGUGGGAGUUUCCCAGAAAAGCUCUUAAACACAAGGCUGGACAGAUGAAGGGUGCGUCUGGAUUCCAGCGACAGCCAGUUUAGUUCUUUUAGCAUGUCACAAUUGUGGGUCCUGUAAUUACAUUGUAGCACAAAUGGGCAGAACAAGUUAUACAAUGUAUUGAGUUUAUUAAAGUGGGUUUGCGGUGCAGAUGCAUAUACUACAUCCCCAUAAUCAGUGAUUGGCAUCAGCAUUUGAUGUACAAUCUUUUCCUUUACUGUAGGGCUUAGGUAGGAUUUGUUUCUGUACAGGGCACUUAGUUUUGGAUAAAGUUCAGAUGCAAGUUUUUCUAUGUGGAGGCCAAAAGAUAGAUUGGAGUCUAACAACAUACCCAAGUAUUUGAAAGAGUGGACUGCAGUCAGUGUGCUACAUGAAUUUGUUUUAAUGGAUAGGUGGGAAUUGGGUAAUUUGUGUAAUUUAGGUACUGUUCCAAAUAUCAUUGUGACAGUUUUGUCAGUGUUUAGGAAGAGUUUGUUUUUUGCGAUCCACUUUUCUACUGGUCUUGAAGCACAGCCUCAAGCUGCGGUAGAUCGGAUUUGCUUGCAUAGAUUACUGUGUCGUCUGCAUACUUGUGUACAUUUGAGGAUUUGCAGACAUUAGGCAGAUCAUUUAUAAAUAAUGUAAAUAGUAGGUGGCCGAGAAUGGAACCUUGGGGAACACCACACGUAACUGGGAGAGGGAGGUAGUCGCUGUCAGAAAUGGACACAUAUUGCGAGCAAUCCGAUACAUACGAUCAAAACCAGGUUAGCGGACAAUCACCAAUACCUGAGUUUUUUAGUUUGUGCAGUAGAAUGUCGUGGUCUACUGUGUCAAAGGCCUUUGCAAAAUCAAGGAAAAUAGCUCCAGUUAGGUCUCCUUGUUCCAUGCCAGUUUGGAUGUCAUUGCAAACUUUUAAGAAGGCAGUUGUAGUGGAGUGAUUCUGGCAAAAACCCGAUUGAUCAGGGGUCAUAUAGUUUGAUUGUUGGUAAUUCUCACAUAGUUGCAUAUGGACACAUUUUUCUAAGAUUUUUGACAAUACUGGGAGCAAUGAUAUUGGGCGAUAGUUAGAAACCAAAGUAGUGUCACCACUUUUAUGGAUAGGCACUACUCUCGCAGUCUUCCAAAGUUUGGGUGUGUAUCCGAGCAUCAAGGAUUUGUUAAUUAGGGUUGUGACUGGUUUAGCAAUUGCCGGCGCACUGAGCUUCAACAGCAUUGCUGAGAUUUGAUCACGUCCAGACUGUUUUUUCAUUUUUAGAUUAUUAAGGUGUUUUUUAAUGACACUAAUAGGUACAGGUCUAAAAAAUGAACCUGUCUAUAUUGGGCCUUUGCAAAUUCAGUGGGGCCUGAUCCACAUUUGUAGUUUCAGAAUGCGUGUCAUUUGUUAGCUUGGCAAUCAGGGCAGUGGAGCAUCCGACAAAAUAAUUGUUAAAGGCAUUUGCUACAUCUAAGGAAAGUUGCAGGAUUUGGUUAUCCACUUUGACAGUGGAGGGUUGGGAGUGGACUGAGGGAGUUUGUAAUUUAUUUAUGACUUUCCAAAAGUUUCUAGGGUUUGAGAUGUUAUUGUUCAUUUUGCUGAUGAUACUAAGAUAUGUAACAGGGUUGAUGUUCCAGGAGGGAUAAGCCUAAUGGCAAAUGAUUUAGGUAAACUAGAAAAAUGGUCAGAGUUGUAGCAACUGACAUUUAAAGGACCACUAUAGUGCCAGGAAAACACACUUGUUUUCCUGGCACUAUAGUGCCCUGAGGGUGCCCCCACCCUCGGGGUCCCCCUCCUGCCGGGCUCUAGGGGGAGGAAGGGGUUAAACUUACCUCUUUCUCCAUUUUCACAGUGAGAAGCGCGGAAGCCCUCUAGCGGCUGUCAAUGAGACAGCCACUAGAGGCUGGAUUAACCUUAUUAUAAACAUAGCAGUUUCUCUGAAACUGCUAUUUUUAUAGAAAAAAGGGUUAAUCCUAGAUGGACCUGGCACCCAGACCACUUCAUUUAAUGUGGAUAAGUGCAAGAUAAUGCAUUUUGGACAUAAAAACCCAAGGGCAGAGUACAGAAUAUUUAUAAAGUCCUAACCUUAACAUCUGAGGAAAGGGAUUUAGGAGUAAUUAUUUUAGAUGACUUAAAGGUAGGCAGAUAAUGUAAUAGAGCAGCAGUUAAUGCUAGCAGAAUGCUUCAUUGUAUAGGGAGAGGUAUUAGCAGUACAAAGAGGGAAGUGCUCAUUCCAUUGUACAGAACACUGGUGAGACCUCACUUGGAAUAUUGUACGCAGUACUGGAGACCGUACUUUAGAGAGAGUUCAGAGAAGGGAGAAGAAGAAAAACUACAACAACAAGAGGACAUAGUCUUAAAUUAGCGGGGCAAAGGUUUAAAAAUAAUAUCCGGAAGUAUUACUUUACUGAGAGGGUAGUGGAUGCAUUGAAUAGCCUUCCAGCUGAAGUGAUAGAGGUUAACACAGUAAAGCAGUUUAAGCAUGCAUGGGAUAGGCAUGAGGCUAUCCUAACUAUAAGAUAAGGCCAGGGACUAAUGAAAGUAUUUAGAAAAUUGGGCAGACUAGAUGGGCUAUUGAAAGAACAAAUGUUGAGCAGUGAUGUUGAUAUCAAUGGCAGUAUAAACGGUUUGAAAUAGAGGAGGGAGAGAAUGAAUAUGCAGACAUAACAAGUAACUUCUGAAAAGAUCAUAAAUGAGAAAAUUAAAAAUGGAACUGAAAUGGCAGUGUGAAAAGAAGGAUUGUGAAAAAGUGCAAAUACACAGGAUGAGCUGGUAAAGAGAGCAGGAAAUGUAUAUGAGUUACGAGGAGCUGAUACGGGGCAGAGCAGUAGAGCAGGGGCGUACCUAGAGCAUUUGACACCCGCGGCGGGUCCUAUUUUUUUUUUAUAUGUAGAUGGCACUAAGCAGUAUUUGUGUGUUUGAAUGUAUGCAUGUUUUUGUAUGGAGUAUGUGUGAGUGAAUGUAGCGGUGUCUUUGUAUGUAGUGUUGGCGUUUGAAUGCAAGCAUGCAUUUGUGUGUUGUGUGGUAUUUGAAUGCAGUGGUAUGGUUAUAUAUAAUGGUGGGGUUUGUAUGUAGUGUUGAUGUUGAAAUGCAUGAGUGUAUUUGUGUGUAGUGUUGGCGAGAUUUUUAGAUGUCUGCACAUAUACACAUACACGGACAUACACACAUGCAGAUACAUAUACGGACAUACACACAUGCAGAUACAUAUACACACAAACACAGUCACACACAGAUACACAUUGACACACAUGCAGACAUCGUGGCUACUCUAGGAACAAUAUGUAAGGGGGGGGCACAUAAGAUACAACAGUCAAAACAGGAGGGGGAGAGGGAGCAGUAAAACGUCUCACUACGGGAUGGGGUAAUAUGUUGCCAUUGGCUGUCUGAUGCCAGCAUGCUGUGUUCUGCAUGCUGGCAUCUGACUACACAUUUGCAUAUAAUUCACAUUAGCCACCCAGAUUUCUUGCUGUGGGCUGGCUGACACCUCUUAAUUUCAAUCUUUGUUUAGCAGAUAACUCCUCUAUUUGCUAUCCUUUGUGGGAUUGCCAUAUUUAAGGACACCAAAUAAGGUGCUAUCUGCUAAACAGCACCCUCAUUUGGUAUCUUUAAAUAUGGAAAUCUCACAUACGGGCACCAAUUCAGGGAAUGAUCUACUAAACAGCUAGAGGAUUAAAAAAACACUUUUAUAAUUUUCAGUUGUUUAGUAGAUAAAUCUCUUAUUUGUUAUCCUUAUGUGGGAUUGCAAUAUUUAAGGACAGGAAAUAAGGGAGCUAUCUACUAAACACAUACACAGAGAUACACACAAUCACACAGAUAAUCACAGAUAUACACAAGCACAAUCACUGACCCACACACAUACAAUCACAGACACACAAUCACAUACACACACAAACAUUACAUACAUACACAGAUUUAAUAAUUAAGAGGUCCACCCAGACUCCCUACCUUGCUCUUGAAGGGCUGGAGUGGAUCCUCAGUCUCUGGUGGUCAGUGGUUGCUGCUGGGAUCUCUGUGCUCUUCCUGCACAGGUCCAUCACAUGCCCUGUAAUGACGCCGAGGCCGCGAUGACAUUAUAUCCUAGCUGCAGGCUCACUGCAGUGCGAAGACCGUCAGACACAGUCAGAUGCACACAUUCCCACACACAGUCACUCACACACAGUUACAGGCAGACAGUCAAACGUGCAGGCAAUCACACAGGCAGACAGUCACACAUACACACAUAGAUAGUCACACACACAAUCACAGGCAGACAGUCACACAUACAAACAACACAGUCAAAGACAGUCACACACACACACACUCACAGACAGACAGUCACUCACACACACACACAGACAGACAGUCACACAAACACACAGAGGAAGACAAUCACACACACAGAGUCACACAGACAAUCACAGGCAGACAAUCAUACACACAGUCACACAGACAAUCACAGGCAGACAAUCACACACAGUAACACAGACAAUCACAGGCAGACCAUCACACACAGUCACACAGACAAUCACAGGCAGAUAAUCACACACACAGUCACACAGACAAUCACAGGCAGACAAUCACACACAUAGUCACACAGAUAAUCAUAGGCAGACAAUCACACACACAGUCACACAGACAAUCACAGGCAGACAAUCACACACACACAGUCACACAGACAAUCACAGGCAGACAAUCACACACACACAGGCAGACAAUCACACACACAGUCAAAGACAGUCACAAUCACAGUUACACACAGCACACACUCUCUCACUUACAGUAAGCUUGGGCUGGAGAAGGAGUACAUUUUGUGAGCCCCUGCUGUGUUGUAGUUGGGGAAGCAGGGACUCCUUCCUGCUUCCCCUCUGUGUGCAGCAGUACGAGGCUGCAUUUAGCUCCGCCCCCACAUCCAGCUUGGCUCCGCCCCCAUGGCCGACCUGGCUCUGCACCCAAAUCUCUGUGCAGCCAGGUCUCCUGCUCCUGCUCCUAGCCCCUGUGUGUGUGAGCUGUGUCGGCUGCCCGGCGCCCCUGCUGCUAUGGCACCCAGUGCAGCCACACAGCUCAUAGAAUACCAAGCCUGACCAGCCCUGGUGGCACCCCCCUACCUGAUGGCACCCGGGGCAGACCGCCCCCCCUUCUCCUCCCUUAGUACGCCACUGCAGUAGAGCAUUAUGUAAACUAAGAUAAGAAGUGGUAAUGGGUUUCAUCUAUUUUAAUGCAAUUUCCUUAUUACAGUUGCCUUUACCAUUUAUCAUUUUCUAUCUCUCCACACUCCGUUUUUACAGGUCCCCCUUUCCCGACAUUCUUCUCCAUCCUUUCCUUUCUUACAGUCUAAAAUUCAGAAAAUGAAAAAGCAAAAACACAAAUGGGUGAAAAAAAAAGAAUCAUUUCAUCUCAUUGCAGACCAUUUCAUCUCAUUGCAGUGGUCUGCAUGCACUGUCCCUGUCCUCUUAGCCCUACAGUCUAAAACACUGCAGUUUCAGAGAAAGGCUUCCUCUUGUGGCUGUCUACUAGGGUGCUUCUUGCAGUUUCACAGAGCUUCACAGAGCUAUACUCAAUGAAACGACUCAGGACAUCCUCAGACUUUACAUGAGAAUGUCCAGCAUCUUCUAAAUCAUUAUUGGUAAGCAUUGAUUCAAUGCUUUUCUAAGGGGAAGACCUUAUGUGUGUGUGGCGCAUGCCGCCCAUCCGCAUUAGUUUUCCCCCAUUUUUUUUUCCCACAUUGUUGUAUAUGUAUGCUGUGUCUGUACAUUGUCUUUUAAAUCCAUGUGAUGUGUUGUGGUAUGCAUUUGCCUAUUUAUCCUGUAUAACUGGGGGCCCAGGCUUCUGUUUCCAUUUUUUUACCUUUGCCCCAUUUUUUCACUAAACAAUAUAAAUUGACACAUCACUACUGUCUGAAGUCAGGUUAAAGACCCAUGAUAUUCAUGAUUACAUGUGACAGCAUGGCUUCUGUGUGUAACUGAGCUGAGGCAGAAGAUCUAUUUCUCUGGUGUAACUUCUGCGAAAAAUAUUUGCUAUGGAAAUAACAGUCGGAAACCUGUCAAUUCUAACUGCAGACAGUGACAUGUUUUUUGACACUUUAAAGCUAAAAAUGUGACAAAGAUAAAUGUCUGUCAAACCCUGGCUUGUAAAUAGGGAGAGUGGAUCAACAAUAUUAACUGAAAGAACUGAUCUGCUCUCUCCAGUAAUUAAGAAAAUAUUAAUUCUCUCCACUGCAUGGGCAGCAGUGUAGAGAGCCUUAGUAAUAUCAUUGCUGUUCUUGUUAUUAAUAACCCAGGAGAUGUACUAGGGACUGGAACUUUAAUGUAUUACACAUAGACUGCUGAGAUGCCCACUCUCCUAUACCCUUGAAGGGAUACUGCAAUCAAAAUACUCCAGCCACCAACACUACAAAUUAAUAUAUACUACAUUCCAAUAAACAAUUAUCUACCCAAAGCUACUCUAUGCACAGAGCUUGACAUAGUUAUUCACUAAAGAGUGAUUUCAUAUCAAAAUACCAACAUGGAAUUCACUUUGAAUUCUCCAAAAUAUACAGUUUGGAGAAUAAUUCUAUUAAAUGUUUGUGUUUAGUUUUUCCUUUCCUCCUAGAAUUCUAAUAUGAUACAAUUGAUAUAAUUAAAACUAGUGUUAGAAACAGCACAUUUUUGCCUGUGUUUUAACAUCUGUAAAUGUAUUUUCUUCUAGCGUUUAUAUCCUAAAUGGAACUGGGACUAAUACCAAUGUAGCUAAUGUGACAAUAAACUAUGGUAAGUUAAUAAAAAAUACUGUGCGUUGCAUAAUAUGUUCUUGAAAUACAAACACAUCUUUUUAUAAAGGAGGCAUAGAUACAAGGCUGAGCAACCUUAUUUUUAACUUAGAGGAAGUUGUUGCAGUAAAAUGUAAUGACUUGGUACAUUUUAGUAGAAGCAUUUCACAACACAAAAGUGCUAAACAUGUGUGAGCAUUACUAGCCUCCAUCAUACCUCUACCAAAGGAACAUUGUAGGCACUGUAACUGCUUUAUUUCAUUGAAAUGAUAAUAGUGUCUGAAGUUCCAUGCCACCAUCCUUCCACUCAGCAUUAAACCUUUUUCAAUGUUUUAAUGUCAAUCAAGUGUCCCCUCUGUGCUGCAAGGGCUAAUGAAGCAUUAGCCGGAGCAACCAUGGAUGGCUACUCUAUUGAUUGGCUGAGUGUCAAGGUUGACUUGUCAUAGGAAGAAGUCACCUAUUAUUAUGUAUUUUUUAUUUGUAUUACAUAUAAAGAGGACAUCAGAUGAAACAUAACGGGAAGAUAAGUGAGAGUCUCACAGGACUCAUAAUACAUUUGUUCAAACUAUCAGAAAACAUGUUUUUAUAUAUACACAAUAUAUAUUUUAAAAAACAGAAACAUCAUAAACUAAUUUCAGGUAGUAUCUAUAAAAUACUUAUUUUACAAUGCUUACCUAGACAUUAUAUAUGUAUAAUUAGAUUGUAAGAUAUAUCAGUACAUUACACAAUCGUCAUCACAAGAUCAGUUUAAUUAAAAUGGUGAAAUAUAAAUAUGACCACAAGGACCAGACUCUCAAAAGAGAUUGCAGAAAAAAAUCCUUAUUAAUGUAAAAAAACUGAAAGUUUAACAUGUCUGUUUUUUGUUUUUGUUUUUGUUAUAAUAAUACAAUUACUUCCUGGAAUUCCCCUCCUGCCCCCCCCAAAAUAAUAAGAUUGAAUCUUGUGGUUAUUUUCCUAUUAGAGUGUGACUUUUUUUUAACAACUAUUUUUCACCUGGUCUUAUGAUUCAUGUGUGCAGUGUUAGAUUGGAGUUAGACUCUGCUAAUACGUUUGGGGCACAAUUUUCCCUGGAGAUAAGGCCAGGGACUAAUGAAAGUAUUUAGAAAAUUGGGCACACUAGAUGGGCCGAAUGGUUCUUAUCUGCCGUUUAGUGAAAGGCUACUAACUCAUUGGGCCAACGGACAUAAUUACUCAGUUUUACAAUAUGGCUGUAUUAUGAUAAUUGAAUGAUCAAACCAUGACUUUCUGUAUUUCAGUUGCACCCACACCAUCUUCUAAUACCACAGGUAAGAAAGGCUCUUCCCAUUCUCUAUAGAUGUGAUAAAGAUUAAUAGAAUGUCUUUGGAACACAUUGUAUGAAAUGCUUGCCUGGAAAUUGCAAUUAAAAUGUAUGCAUAAAAUUGUAUUUAUACAACAGUUCUCACAGAGUAACAACAGGUACAAUAAAUAUUUAAGAAAACUAUAUGCAGUAUAUUCCACAAAUAAGGUGAUUAUACAAAAAAGAAAUUGUCAGAUUAUAGGAAAUUCCAACAAAGAAUGGAUAUAAUGUAUACCCAACAUAACAAAGAUAUAAUUAGUAAAAGGGUUAGAGUUGAGAAAUAAUAUUGAUCCUGCGGAUAUCAAAGUAGGCAACUUGGUAUUUGAAGGUGGAAUUGAUAGAUAUUUAGGAGCAGUAUUGUUCAUGGCUUUAAAUAGUAGGAUUAGAAUUUUGAAAGCAUUUUAGGGGCAAUACUGAGUCAUUUGAGGGACUAGUAGAGUAGUGAGCUGCUAAUAACAGCUAUAAAUAAUAUUAAAUAAAAAUACAAGUAUAUCUACAUAUAACAAUAAAUAAAAUAUACAAUUAGAGACAAAUCUGCAGAGAUUUGCUUUUUUAACAUGAUUUGUUUGUGUGUACAUUAAUAUAUACUAUAUAUAUGGAUAAUCAGCUUUGUAUGAAAGAAUUAUCUGAAUCCUGGGCAAAUUACAAAAGUAAAAAUGGCAAAUUUGCUGACACAAAAAAAGAUAUAGAUAACAGAACAGGGUUGUGGUAUGGCUUUAAAUACCAUGACCAGAAUGUGGUUAGAAAAUGAAGCAUAUCUAAGCAAUAUGUUUAAUAUUUCAAAUGGAUGAUAAUUGUGUGUUAUAAUACACUUGUUGAUAUUUUCCAGAAAAUGUCACUACUCUGUGUAAUCAAAAUCCAAUAAAUGCCACCACUGCCGGGAAUUUUACUGUGACUGUUUCACCUCAAAACCUCGUUGCUAACACUAGCUACAAAGGUGAGAUAAUGAUAAUAUAAAAUGACGAUGAUAACUGUAAGUACUAGUGCCACACUGCAGAGGCAUCUGCGUAGGUUAAAUAUCACACAAAACAGAAAUUUAUUUUGAUAAACCUUCCCCCAAAACUGUAGAGUUGUCUUUGGGUUUUACCCCCAACCCAUAUUUUUAGGAAAAUAACAUGCAUACUAACAUUUUUAUUUUCUAUCUUUUUUAAAUUGAUGUAAAUAUGCAUUUUACUCUUACAAUUUCCAUUUAAAAAAAAACAAACAAAAAACAAAUCUAUUAGUAUCCUAUUAUUGUAGCCUUAUAAGUAAAGCCUCAAAGAUUCGGUAAAGCUUGCUUCAACUUUUUAGGCUAGAAGCUGAUAUGUCUCAGAUGAUUUAAAACUUUUUGGAUAAACGUUCAAAAUAUUUUUUCAAAUAAAAAAAAACAAAAAAACCCCACAAAUGUUAAAUUAAAAGACAAUCAAUCAAAAAUAUAAAUAUUACAAUAUUGCUUCUCACCUCAUUAGUUUGUUUCUAUUGAGAGGGUAGUGGAUGCAUGGAAUAGACUUCCAGCUGAAGUGGUGGAGGUUAAUACAGUAAAGGAGUUUAAGCAUGCGUGGGAUAGGCUUAAGGCUAUCCUAACUAUAAGAUAAGGCCAUUUACUAAUGAAAGUAUUUAGAAAAUUGGGCAGACUAGAUGGGCCGAAUGGUUCUUAUCUGCCAUCACAUUCUAUGUUUCUAAUAUUUAAAAAAUAUUUUUCAUAAUAUUAAAUCAUGGAAAAUGUUUAUCCAAAAAUGUUACAUUAUUUGAAAAGUUUAUCCAAAAAUAUUAAAAUCCAAACCAAAAAAACUGGGACUAAAAUCAAGUUUGCAAAUCAGCAGAAUGUGCCAUCUAUCUAGCAGUCAAUCGUGACUUGUCCAUGCCCUGUCCUUAUCAUACAUUUCAGGACUGGAGGUUAGUUGAAACUCUAGCUUUAGUUGAAUGUUGUUAACCCAAGCUAAGACUCUAAGAGGAUAGAAAUGAUUGGAAAAGGGUAAUUUGGAUCAUAUAUAUGUAAUUAUAUCUCUUUACUACUUAAAUAUGUUCUUGCUUAUCUUAUUAACUAGCAGCCCUUGUAAGCAUAUUUCCUGGACUUAAAAUGUGAUAUUUGUGUUUCUUAAAUGAUGCGUAUAAGUCAAUGUGCACUAGUGUGAUGUCAUUUUUGUUCUAAUUAUUCCAAUACACAUUUAUUUUCAAAUCACGCGGGAAAUAAUAUAAUAUCGUACUGUUGGGUCUUUGAGGGAGCCCCAUAUUUUAUGUUUGCUGACACUUUUUCUUUUCUAUUUGGUUGUAUAGCGUUGAUCCUACUGUUUUUAUUUGUUAAUAAUUAGUUUUUGCUCAGUUUUUUCAGUGAAUGUAAAAGGACUCUAGAACACACACACGAUUAUCCUAAGGGCACAAUCCAAAAACUGUGGACUUUCCAAUAUACAAAUUCUACUACAUAUUCUCUUGAAAUUGAUUUUAAUGUAACCAACUCAACUUUUGCAAAUUAAACAUCUCCAGUGUCUGUAAAUUCAGGCUCUUUAUAGCAUUUUAAAGUCUAACAUGAAAUUAUGUUGUUGUUUUUUUUCUCGUUUUAAUUUAUUUGUUUAUUUGCCUCUAUUUACAGUGACAGUGAAUGGACUCAAUGAUACAAAAACAGUGAUCCUAAGGGCACAGUUAAAUAAUUCAUCAGUGGGUACUUGGCAAAAUGCAACCGGUGUUACUACCUGUGAUCUUGGAAUUGCUUUCAGUGCAAACAGCACAACAAACACUACAAACUGGACAUCUCCGGGCUCUGUGAAUUCUUCAGUUAUACUAAGGUAAAAUCAUAUUCUUAAUACAUCAGCCUUGGUUUUCAUACAGAACAUAUUAAGGCGUCAUGGUUCAUUAAUGUAAAUGUCCAAUAUAUAACAAAUGGACACAUGUGCAAGCUAGUAAAGAAAUCCAUACUUGAUGACACAUUGUAUGAAAUGUGAUCCACCAUGCUUGCUCGGCAAUUGCAAUUAAAGUGUAUGUAUAAAAUUAUAUUUAUACAACAACAGUUCUCAGAGAGUAACAGCGGUUACAAUAAAUAAAUAAAUAAGAGAACUACAUGCAGUAUAAUGCACAAAUAUAAAGAUUAUACAACAUGGCUUUAAAUAGUAGGAAUUUUAGGAGCAAAACUGAGUCAUUUGAGUGACUAGUAGAGUAGUGAGCUGCAAAAAAUAGAUAUAAAUAAUAAGGAAAUAAUACAGAUUUGCUGCCAACGUGAUUUUUUUUGUGGUAAGGAGACACAUCCUUGAUGAUCUAGCCCAGUGAUUGCGAACUAAUAACACACAUGCCACAAUUAGCCCUUUGAUUUCUACUGGGUAGCUAUUGAAAAAACAAAUGUUGAGCAGUGAUGUCGAUAUCAAUGGUAAGAUAAAUGGUUUGGAGGGAGAGAAUGAAUAUGUAGAUAUAACAAGUAACUUCUGAAAAGAUCGUAAAUGAGAAAAUUAAAAAGUGAGCUGGAAUGGCAGUGUGAAAAGAAGACUUGUGAAGAAGCGCAAAUACAAGGGAUAAGCUGGUACAGACAGCAGGACAUUUAUAUGAAUUAUGAGGAGCUGAUACAGGGGGACAGCAGUAGAGCAUUAUAUUAAUUAAGAUAAGAAGCGGUAAUGGGUUUCAUCUCUUUUAAUACAAUUUCCUUAUUACAGUUGCCUUUAGCAUUUAUCAUUUUCUAUCUCUCCACACUCUGUUUUUACAGGUCCCCCUUUCCCGACAUUCAUUGUUCUUCAUCCUUUCCUUCCUUACAGUCUACAAUUCAGGAAAUGAAAGAGCAAAAACACAAAUUGGUGGAAAAAAAAAGAACUUAAAGGGACACUAUAGGCAUCCAGACCAUUUCAUCUCAUUGCAGUGGUCUGCAUGCACUGUCCCUGUCCUCUUAGGCCUACAAUAUAAAACAUUGCAACUUCAGAGAAAGGCUUGCUCUUGUGGCUGUCUACUAGGGUGCCUCCUGCAGUUUCACAGAGCAAAACUCAGUGAAAUGACUCUGGACAUCCUCAGACUUUACAUGAGAAUGUCCAGCAUCUUCUAAAUCAUUAUCGGUAAGCAUUGAGUCAAUGCUUUUCUAAGGGGAAGACCUAAUGUGCGUGCGGCUCAUGCCACCAAUCCACAUUCGUUUUCCACAAUCGGCUGACGUUGGAGGAGGAGACCAACCAGCUCUUCCAGAUAACUGUAAUAUAUUCCUAACAUUAUAGUGUUCCUUUAAAUAAGAACAGUGAGCACUGUAAUAAAAAGAAGAAUGUUCUUAGCUAAAGAAAGAGUUAACAUAAAGUUUCUCAACGUAAUCAUAUUAGUUCCUUUUUCUUUACAUUGUUGUAUAUGUAUGCUGUGUCUGUACAUUCUUUUCAAUCCAUGUGAUGUGUUAUAGUAUGCAUUUUCCUAUUUAUCCUGUAUAACUGGGGACCCGGACUUCUGUUCCCAUUUUUUCACCUUUGCCCCAUUUUUUCACUAAACAAUGUAAAUUGACACAUCACUACUGACUGGUCAGGUUAAAGACCCAUGAUAUUCACGAUUACAUUUGACAGCAUGGCUUUUGUUUAUAACUGAGCUGAGCCAGAAGAUCUAUUUCUCUGGUGUAACUUCUGAGAAAGCACUAUGCUAUGGAAAUAACAGUUGUAAACCUGUCAAUUCUAACUGAAAAUAUUAAUUCUCUCCACUGCAUGGGCAGCAGUGUAGAGAACCUUAGUAAUAUCAUUGCUGUUCUUGUUAUUAAUAACCCAGGAGAUGUACUAGGGACUGGAACCUUAAUGUAUUACACAUAGACUGCUGAGAUGCCCACUCUCCUAUACCCUUGAAGGGAUACUGCAAUCAAAAUACUCCAGCCACCAACACUACAAAUUAAUAUAUACUACAUUCCAAUAAACAAUUAUCUACCCAAAGCUACUCUAUGCACAGAGCUUGACAUAGUUCUUCACUAAAGAGUGAUUUCAUAUCAAAAUACCAAAUUGGAAUUCACUUUGAAUUCUCCAAAAUAUACAGUUUGGAGAAUAAUUCUAUUAAAUGUUUGUGUUUAGUUUUUCCUUUCCUCCUAGAAUUCUAAUAUGAUACAAUUGAUAUAAUUAAAACUAGUGUUAGAAACAGCACAUUUUUGCCUGUGUUUUAAUAUCUGUAAAUGUAUUUUCUUCUAGCGUUUAUAUCCUAAAUGGAACUGGGACUAAUACCAAUGUAGCUAGUGUGACAAUAAUCUAUGGUAAGUUAAUGAAAAAUACUGUGUGUUGCAUAAUAUGUUCUUGAAAUACAAACAGAUCUUUUUAUAAAGGAGGCAUAGAUACAAGGCUGAGCAACCUUAUUUUUAACUUAGAGGAAGUUGUUGCAGUAAAAUGAAAUGACUUCGUACAUUUUAGUAGAAGCAUUUCACAACACAAAAGUUCUAAACAUGUGUGAGCAUUACUAGCCUCCAUCAUACCUCUACCAAAGGAACAUUGUAGGCAUUGUAACUGCUUUAUUUCAUUGAAAUGAUAAUAGUGUCUGAAGUUCCAUGCCACCAUCCUUCCACUCAGCAUUAAACCUUUUUCAAUGUUUUAAUGUCAAUCAAGUGUCCCCUCUGUGCUGCUAGGGCUAAUGAAGCAUUAGCCGAAGCAGCCAUGGAUGGCUACUCUAUUGAUUGGCUGAGUGUCAAGGUUUACUUGUCAUAGGAAGAAGUCACCUAUUAUUAUUUAUUUUUUAUUUGUAUUACAUAUAAAGAGGACAUCAGAUGAAACAUAACGGGAAGAUAAGUGAGAGUCUCACAGGACUCAUAAUACAUUUGUUCAAACUAUCAGAAAACAUGUUUUUAUAUAUACACAAUAUAUAUUUUAAACAACAGAAACAUCAUAAACUAAUUUCAGGUAGUAUCUAUAAAAUACUUAUUUUACAAUGCUUACCUAGACAUUAUAUAUGUAUAACUAGAUUGUAAGAUAUAUCAGUACAUUGCACAAUCGUCAUCACAAGAUCAGUUUAAUUAAAAUGGUGAAAUAUAAAUAUGACCACAAGGACCAGACUCACAAAAGAGAUUGCAGAAAAAAUUCCUUAUUAAUGUAAAAAAACUGAAAGUUUAACAUGUCUGUUUUUUUUUGUUUUGUUCUAAUACUACAAUUACUUCCUGGAAUUCCCCCUCUCCCCCCCAAAAAAAAAUAAUAAGAUUGAAUCUUGUGGUUAUUUUCCUAUUAGAGUGUGACUUUUUUUUAACAACUAUUUUUCACCAGGUCUUAUGAUUCAUGUGUGCAGUGUUAGAUUGGAGUUAGACUCUGCUAAUAUGUUUGGGGCACAAUUUUCCCUGGAGAUAAGGCCAGGGACUAAUGAAAGUAUUUAGAAAAUUGGGCACACUAGAUGGGCCGAAUGGUUCUUAUCUGCCGUUUAGUGAAAGGCUACUAACUCACUGGGCCAACGGACAUAAUUACUGAGUUUUACAAUAUGGCUGUAUUAUGAUAAUUGAAUGAUCAAACCAUGACUUUCUGUAUUUCAGUUGCACCCACACCAUCUUCUAAUACCACAGGUAAGAAAGGCUCUUCCCAUUCUCUAUAGAUGUGAUAAAGAUUAAUAGAAUGUCUUUGGAACACAUUGUAUGAAAUGCUUGCCUGGAAAUUGCAAUUAAAAUGUAUGCAUAAAAUUGUAUUUAUACAACAGUUCUCACAGAGUAACAACAGGUACAAUAAAUAUUUAAGAAAACUAUAUGCAGUAUAUUCCACAAAUAAGGUGAUUAUACAAAAAAGAAAUUGUCAGAUUAUAGGAAAUUCCAACAAAGAAUGGAUAUAAUGUAUACCCAACAUAACAAAGAUAUAAUUAGUAAAAGGGUUAGAGUUGAGAAAUAAUAUUGAUCCUGCGGAUAUCAAAGUAGGCAACUUGAUAUUUGAAGGUGGAAUUGAUAGAUAUUUAGGAGCAGUAUUGUUCAUGGCUUUAAAUAGUAGGAUUAGAAUUUUGAAAGCAUUUUAGGGGCAAUACUGAGUCAUUUGAGGGACUAGUAGAGUAGUGAGCUGCUAAUAACAGCUAUAAAUAAUAUUAAAUAAAAAUACAAGUAUAUCUACAUAUAACAAUAAAUAAAAUAUACAAUUAGAGACAAAGCUACACAGAUUUGCUUUUUUAACAUGAUUUGUUUGUGUGUACAUUUAUAUACUGUAUAUAUGGAUUAUCAGCUUUGUAUAAAAGAAAUAUCUGAAUCCUGGGCAAAUUACAAAAGUAAAAAUGGCAAAUUUGCUGAGACAAGAAAAGAUAUCGAUAACAGAACAGGGUUGUGGUAUGGCUUUAAAUACCAUGACCAGAAUGUGGUUAGAAAAUGAAGCAUAUUUAAGCAAUAUGUUUAAUAUUUCAAAAGGAUGAUAAUUGUGUGUUAUAAUACACAUGUUGAUAUUUUCCAGGAAAUGUCACUACUCUGUGUAAUCAAAAUCCAAUAAAUGCCUUUAUUUCAUUGAAAUAAUAAUAGUGUCUGAAGUUCCACGCCACCAUCCUUCCACUCAGCAUUAAACCUUUGUCAAUAUUUUAAUGUCAAUCAAGUGUCCCCUCUGUGCUGCUAGGGCUAAUGAAGCAUUAGCCGGAGCAACCAUGGAUAGUUACUCUAUUGAUUGGCUGAGUGUCAAGGUUUAUGUGUCAUAGGAAGAAGUCACCUAUUAUUAUUUAUUUUUUAUUUGUAUUACAUAUAAAGAGGACAUCAGAUGAAACAUAACGGGAAGAUAAGUGAGAGUCUCACAGGACUCAUAAUACAUUUGUUCAAACUAUCAGAAAACAUGUUUUUAUAUAUACACAAUAUAUAUUUUAAACAACAGAAACAUCAUAAACUAAUUUCAGGUAGUAUCUAUAAAAUACUUAUUUUACAAUGCUUACCUAGACAUUAUAUAUGUAUAAUUAUACAUACAAUAUAAGGUGGAGUAUAUGAAUAGAGAUCCUUUCAACAGUAAUGUUUAACCGGGUAGUGAUCUUUAACCUUUCCCUAAAAAUAAGCACAAAUAGGGAAAAGGAAUAGUGCAAUAUUACCAAUGUCCAGUUAAUGAUAAUAAUAAAUAGGUAAUGGUACACUCACAAACAUAGAGCCACUGAAUAGGCUCAAUAAUUGAAGCACUGUGGGUGCUAAAGGGACCCACUUCCUUCUUUAUAUGAUGUAGGAGAUUCCAAUGGCAGGAACUUAUUCUCAGAUGAAACUCAAUAAAAUAAGUUGAUAAAUUAAAUAAAAAACAUUACAGUCUGAAUGUAGUCCUUAAAGUACUGUGCAAAACGCGUUUCGCCUCAAAACGAGGCUUCCUCAGUUGCUGGUUGUAGUUUCUCUAAAAUCCGUUUAAAUGCCUUCCCUUUUGGCGGUUUUUUUCAUCAUCCUCGUGGUUCGGAACAUAUUUUUACUUCCUCUUCUGGUUUGCGUUCCACUUGUGGAACGCAUACACCACUAUGCGUUCCAUGGCGUCAUUUUAUUUUACCUUCAUUUCCUCUUCCGGUAUUCGGCAUUUGCGUUCCACUAAAGGAACGCAAAAAAAACGUGACGCGCCUCGUGCAUCGUGGCCGUCACGUGACUUAUGUGCAGAACAAAAUGCAAUUUUAAACCAAAUUUUACCUAUACACCCCAAGAUAAUAUAUAGGGGAGCAAGAAAAUUUAAAAGUAUUUUAGUUAAGAGUCACCUAUCCCCUAAAAAACAAAAUAACCAUAUUUUAGAAUUAAAGGGGUUUUUUGGUUGCGGAUCUUGUCUUCCUUGUAAAAUAACUAAAAAUAAAAAAAGACACCUACAAGAUAUAGAAACGAUUAUUCAAAAACCUUAUAUCAUAAGGGAUCAUCUUACUUGUCACUCAAAAGGAAUAAUAUACAUACUGAAGUGUCCGUGUAACCUUUUAUACAUUGGUAGAACAAUCAGACCUCUAAAAGUGAGAAUAGCAGAACACAUUAGAAAUAUACGAAAUGGUUUAGAGACUCACAAUGUAUCAUUACAUUUUAAACAGGUACACAACCAAAAUCCUGAAAAUUUUGUUCUUCUGUGCUAUAAAAGAAGUAAAAAGAGAUUGGAGAGGGGGAAAUUAUAUUAAAACUUUGGGAAAAGAAGAAAUGGGUUUUAUUUAUGAAUUCAAAACGUUGUCACCGUAUGGACUUAAUAUCGACUUUGAAGUAUGUCAUUUUUAAACAAUUUAUUUCUAAAUUAUUAUUUUUUUAAAUUAUAUUUUAUAUUAUUAAUUAACAGUAGUUAUAUAUGCAUAAGUAAUAUAUAAAAUCAUACAUUUUUUAUUGGCCUUUUUAAAUUUUUAUUUACAUUUUUAUAUUUUUAUAUUUAUUUUUUCUCCCUAACUUUCUUCUUUUUUAGAAUAUAUAUUAGUAUUAAUAUUGUGUAUUCAUUUGAUGUGCUCUUAUGGAAAAUAAUUUACUAUUUUACUUUUUUGAUACUCUUAUAUAUGUGGGGAAUACAGAGGAAGAUACUUUAUUAUAUUUGUUCCUUUUUAUUUUUAUUUCUAUUUUUAUGUUUGACUUUAUAUUCUCCUAUAAAUUCUAAGGAAGAGACUAAUGCCAGAGACUUUAUUGCAAGCUACUAUAGAGAAGAACCAUUUUAAAUACAGAAGCUGCAUAUGUGAAUUGAUUACUCCCCAACCGAGGAGUUGAAUUUUGUUCUGCACAUAAGUCACGUGACGGCCACGAUGCACGAGGCGCGUCACGUGUUUUUUUGCGUUCCUUUAGUGGAACGCAAAUGCCGAAUACCGGAAGAGGAAAUGAAGGUAAAAUAAAAUGACGCUGUGGAACGCAUAGUGGUGUAUGCGUUCCACAAGUGGAACGCAAACCGGAAGAGGAAGUAAAAAUAUGUUCCGAACCACGAGGAUGAUGAAAAAAACCGCCAAAAGGGAAGGCAUUUAAACGGAUUUUAGAGAAACUACAACCAGCAACUGAGGAAGCCUCGUUUUGAGGCGAAACGCGUUUUGCACAGUACUUUAAGGACUACCUUCAGACUCUAAGGUUUUUUAUUUAAUCUAUCAACUUAUUUAAUUGAUUUUCUUGUGCACUUUAAUAAAUAAAGCACUUUAUUGAUUUACAUCUGAGAAUAAGUUCCUGCCAUUGGAAUCUCCUACAUCAUAUAAAAAAGGAAGUGGGUCCCUUUAGCACCCACAGUGCUUCAAUUAUUAAGCCUAUUCAGUGGCUCUAUGUUUGUGAGUGCACCAUUACCUAUUUAUUAUUAUCAUUAACUGGACAUUGGUAAUAUUGCACUAUUCCUUUUCCCUAUUUGUGCUUAUUUUUAGGGAAAGGUUAAAGAUCACUACCCGGUUAAACAUUACUGUUGAAAGGAUCUCUAUUCAUAUACUUCACCUUAUAUUGUAUGUAUACUUUUGUGUUUUUGUGGGGUUAAAGGGAAUACCCACAUAAGGUGUUGUGAGUAUUAUUGACGUUUUGGUUUCACUCAUUGGGAUAUUGAUCAUUAUUCAUAUUUAUAUGUAUAAUUAGAUUGUAAGAUAUAUCAGUACAUUACACAAUCGUCAUCACAAGAUCAGUUUAAUUAAAAUGGUGAAAUAUAAAUAUGACCACAAGAACCAGACUCACUAGUGUACGUUUCAGGGCCUGCCCAGUGCCACUACUCACUCACUGGUGUCCCAAUAGCUUGCAUUUAAAAAAAAAAAAAAAAACUUUUUUGACUGUAAUAUAAUAGCAGUCAGUUUCCUUCACGAGUGUGCAUUUCAGGGCCUGCCCAGUGCCACCACUCACUCACUGGUGUCUCAAUAGCUUGCAUUUAAAAAAAACAAAGCAUUUUGGACUGUAAUAUAAUAGCAGUCAGUUUCCUUCAAGAGUGUGCGCUUCAGGGCCUGCCCAGUGCCACCACUCACUCACUGGUGUCCCAAUAGCUUGCAUUUAAAAAAAAACAACUUUUUGGACUGUAAUAUAAUAGCAGUCAGUUUCCUUCACGAGUGUGCGUUUCAGGACCUGCCUAGUGCCACCACUCACUCACUGGUGUCCCAAUAGCUUGCAUUUAAAAAAAAACAAAACUUUUUGGACUGUAAUAUAAUAGCAGUCAGUUUCCUUCACGAGUGUGCAUUUCAGGGCCUGCCAGGGCACAGUGUCACACCAGUGCAACUCAUAUCUGGUGUAACAGUAGUGUACAUUUAAAAAAAAAUAAAAAAAAUUUCGACUGUAAUAGAUUGAAUAGCAGUUAGUUGUCUGCAAGCGUGUGUGUCAGGCCUACAGCGUCUACUCUGCCAACUUCUGCCACUGCACAGUGCCACUCAUAUCUGUUGUCACAGUAGCUUGCACGCAUAGUACCACUAAUCGAAAAAAAAAUGAACGGCAGUUGCAGGCCACCACGCAGGGGCCGUUGUGGUCGUUGUGCUGUGAUUCCCUUUGGCCCUAGAAUAAUGCCCAGUGUUCAGAGGCCACGUACCCUGAACUCAAAAAGUUCUGAGGACAUAGUUGACUGGCUAACACAGGACACCCAAUCUUCUACAGCUUCCGCUCGGAACCUUGAUGCACCAUCCUCCUCCAGCUUAGCUUCGGGCACCUCUCAAGUUACCACUCGCCCGCCUGCCGCCACCACCAACACUAGCACCACAGCAGCUUCACUUGGUAUGUCAGAGGAGUUAUUUACACAUCAGUUGGAAGAAAUGAGUGAUGCGCAACCAUUAUUGCCAGAGGAUGUAGAUAACAGGGAUAUGUCUCAGUCAGGCAGCAUUACACACAUGGACGUACGGUGUGAUGAUGAUGAUGUUGUACCCGCUGCUGCUUCCUUUGCUGAGUUGUCAGAUACAAGUGAAGCGGUUGAUGAUGACGAUGCGUCCGUGGAUGUCACGUGGGUGCCUGCUAGAAGAGAAGAAGAACAGGGGGAAAGUUCAGAUUGGGAGACAGAGAGGAGGAGGAGGAGGAGGAGAUGAGUUGGAAGCAGGGGGAGGUCGUCGCAAGGAGCUGUUGCCACCACCAGAAUGCCGUCUUUGCAGAGCUCAGCAGUGUGGCAUUUUUUGUGUGUGUCUGCCUCUGACAACAGCGAUGCCAUUUGCAACCUGUGCCAAAAGAAACUGAGUCAUGGGAAGUCCAACACCCACCUAGGUACAACUGCUUUGCGAAGGCACAUGAUCGCACAUCACAAACGCCUAUGGGAUCAACACAUGAGUACAAGCAGCACUCAUGUUAGGUGAUUUAUGCCCUUAAUGGAUUAAAACCAGACUCUGCAUCAACUAUGUAAUUUUCCAUGGGAGUUUUGCCAUGGAUCCCCCUCCGGCAUGCCACAGUCCAGGUGUUAGUCCCCUUGAAACAACUUUUCCAUCACUAUUGUGGCCAGAAAGAGUCCCUGUUGGUUUUAAAAUUCGCCUGCCUAUUGAAGUCUAUGGCAGUUCGCCCAGUUCGCCCGUUGUCGAACAUUUGCGGAAGUUCGCGUUCGCCGUUCGCGAACUGAAAAUUUUAUGUUCGCGACAUCUCUAGCUCUAACCUUUAUUUUAACAGUUUGUGCUUUUAUACAUUAAAAUGUGCUUACGUGCAAAUACUCAUAGAACAGUAGAAGGAAGGAAGUAAAAUAACAGGGAAGUACAGAUAAGACAUAGGGAUGAACGUCAUGUACAUAUAACAGAUAAUUUCUGGGAAAGAGAGUGAACAGACUGAUUUAGGAGAGACAGCUGAGGUGGGGGCUAUCUCCUCCCGGAACUAGACAUAUAUGGUCUCAAGUGCUGUUUUGAGCAUUAAGCAUUUCCUGGGUCCAAGUUAGCCAAUUUUAAUAUAGGAAAAAUAUGACACCUAUAAGCUUGAACCUUGGAAUCAAGGUAAAUUCUCUCACAGCACUGAGCUAUUUUGCAAUUAAAGGAAUACCCCAAACACUAACUAUACAUAUUCAACUAAAUUCGACUAAAACAACAAUAAACUAGAAAAGCUACAAUUUCAGGGGAAAUUGUGUGACGUGUUCUUGCUUCCACCAGUAGUUUACAACUGGAGUGGGCAGAGUAACUGGGUAGAGUGGCUUGAGUAACUGUUGUGUGGUUGGAGUGGCUGGAGUAACUGUGGAAAGGUUGAAGUGUGGUUAACUCACUCUACAGCAAGGGCAGAGAAAAGGUUAAAAACAAACUACUCCAAAUUGCUCAAUAAGAAUAAUAAUAUAUAUGUGAGAUAAUAGUAAGUGGUCUUGCCAUGCAGGGAUAUAAAUGUACCAAUUUAUAUCAAAACUUUCAGCUAUCCCUGCUGCCACUGUGAUCUUUUGUACAAAUUAGUCAAUGAUUCCUGUAUAACGAAGUACUCAGUUUAUUAAUAAAUAUAUAACAGCAUCUUCAUAUUGCAACCUUGUUACACAGGGUUUCUGCAGCUGCCAUUUCAAAUCCCUCGAACAUUCCACCAACUGCCAACAGGAACUAAUAGAUUUCAAACAGGACAGAGAAGAGCAGUUAAAAACAAACUGCUCCAAAUUGCUCACUUUACUGGCGGUUGCCAUCUUCAAACGGUCGUAUUUUAAAAACUAUAAAUCCUACAGUGAAGAGCUUUAUAUUGUGAGAAUCACAAGACCCAGACCUACAUUUUGAUGUAUAGUAUGUCUCUGACAUAUUAAAAAUGAAGGCACAGUCUCAGUUUAGAAAUUUCCCUUUAAAUUUGAGGUGGCUAGAGUGGAGUUUCAAUGAAUGUCAAAGGACGACGUGAGUUGCAAACAUAUGGUCAUAUUGUGAAAACUAUCAGGACUAUGGCUUAGCUGUAGACAUUUUUAGUGGCAGCAGGGAUAGCUGAAUGUUUUGAUAUAAGAUUUGUGUAGUACGUGGGCUUGUAAAUGAGGGAGUGGUGGCAGUUUAGAAAUCAUAUGCUGAUUUUUCAGCUUUUGUCAGCUCCCACUCUAGUUUUGAACAUUUCGACAUUCAUUUCUAUGGGAACAAUUUUGCCACAAAAACAACGAUAUUUUGUGAACGAUUCGUGAGACGUUCCAUAAAGUAAUAGCACACCAAUCAGGAACAAUCCACACAUUUUGGUAUAUUACUGUCUAUGUAGUGUAAAAACUGUGGGAAGAGUUAGGGUGGUAAAUGUGGCUAUAAUAAGAAUAAGAAUAAUAAUAAGAAUAAUAUAUAGGUGAGAUACCAGUAAAUUGUCUUGCUGUGCAAGAACUCUUAAUAAAUAAAUAAACUAACAUAAAACUUGUAAAAAUCUAUUGGAAAGUCCACCAAAGAGUGGGUAAAAAGUAUGUACAAUAAAACAUUGAGAUAACCAGUAAAAGGUUUAGAAUAGAGGGAAAGUGUUGAUCCACAGGAUAUCAAAGAAGGCAACUUGUUUUUUUGAGAGAAGAAUUGAUAUAUAUUUGGGAGCAUUAGGAUCAGAAUUUCAAUGAAUUUUAGAGAAAAAGGGAAUCAUUAGAGUGACUGACAUUGAUGUGAGCUGUUAAAAACUAAAUAUUAUUAAUAAGAAACUAUAAAUCAUGUAUUAAAUAUUCAAUUAGAGAGAAAUCUGUAGAGAAUUCCUGCUGACAUGAAUUUGGGUUUGUUCAUUAAUGUAUAUAGAUAGAGCAGGAGUUAAGAAUGAAAGAAAGAUAUUAGCCUUGGGAGAGUAUAGAAGGCAAGUUGAAAACAAUGUGGCAACAAGAACAAAUGGGCUAUGUUAGGAGAUAAGAGGGACCAGUGUCAUUUAUGGCUUUAAAUAUCAUGAUCAGAAUAUGGCUAGGAAAUUAAACAUAACUCUUAACAAUACCAUGUUAAACAGAAAUGUUCCUAAAUGUUGAAAAUAUACUUAUUAUUAUUUUAUAUUUAAGUCAAACUUAUGCACGCUGUGUCUUUUCUUUUGCAGCUACCACAAAGAGCUCCAGCAGUUUAUCAACUCCACCAUUCUCCAUGUGCAUUGCUUUAAUGCAAACAUUCGCCCUGCUUGUGAUCAUAAAACGUCUAACAACAUAAACAUGAAUUGUUGAAGCUUGAUUGUGCGGACCCAGUUAAAUAGAUUGUUAGGCACAUGUUAAAAGAUAUUUAAGCAAUAUAUAAAAUAUGAAAAUUUUAUGAAUUUUACCAAAAAGUAAAAUAGAAAAUUUUUAUUAUAUAUGGUUUUACAAGAGUGUGAAUGUCAGGUGUUCUUUCAUAUAGGUAUGUAAAAUAUAGAUUGUUUUAGCAAAAUUCUAAGAAAAUCUACUUAUUUAAAAAAUAUUUGCUCAUCUAGAGAAGCAGCUGCACAUAGAGAUAUCCCUCUUCCUAACUGGCAAAUAAUUGACUAUUUUUUUAACUGUACAAUAUAAAAAAUUACGUUUUACUUUUUAAUUAACCAUAAUUUAUUAAAGGGUUUUUUUUAUUAAAGGAUUACUUUAUCAUUGUGGUAUUGAAGCAGCACCUGUAUUAUACACUAACAGGGUAAUUUACUAAACUGUGAUUUUGUGGAGAUGUCAAACUGAAUUUAACAUUUUUAACCUAAAUGACCAAUUUGAAAACAAAAUUUGCCCACAUUACCUAUGUGUUCAAUUUGGCCAUUUUGCCCUGAUAAUUUGAUAUUCAUUUUGAAAUUCUCACUUUUAUUAGGACAUGAUUACACAAAUCUUGUUUCCUGUUUAUGAUUUGAUUUGAUAAUGAUUAAUUAUCAAAGUAAUAGAGAAAAUGUAUGUAUAUUUAGAAACUGAAUUAAGCAAAUAAUUGCUUGGAGGGGGGAUGUGAUUGUUUUUUUUUUUUCCUGAGAGGUUUACAGAGGUUUACAAUGUAUGCAUGUUUUUACUGUUUUAAAUAAAUAAUAAUAUAAAUUAAAUUAAUGUACCUGAA